AUGGAUGAACUAAUUCAAAACAUAAUAGAGCCAUCAUCAUUAUCUGAAGAUACUAUCAAUUCUUUACAUGAAUUAGGAGAUUUAUUAAGAGAUGGCACAAAUAGAAUUAUCAUUCAUGAUAAAUUAUCAAUACUUUUACCUCGAUUCAAUCAAAUUUUAUCAUUAUUAACAAAUCAAAAUCAAAAUCAAAAUCAAAAUCAAUUAUUAAUGAAUAAAUUACAAUUAGAAACAUUAAGAGUAAUAAUUAAUAUAUUAGCCAAUAAUGAUUUGAAUCGAGAUUUUUUCACCAAUUUAACUCCAAAAUUGUCAGAAAUAAACAAUAAAAAAGACUCACACAAAGAUAAAGAAAAGGGAGGUGAGUUUGAUAUUGAUAUUAUAGUUAAUGAGUUUUGGUCAAUUAUAAAGAUACAUUUAGAUAACUAUAUGAAUAAAAUUGAUCAUCAUUCUGAUCGUAUUAUUGAAUUUAUUUUUAUAUUAUUAAAUCAAUUCAUUUAUGAUACUGAUCAUAAAUCUCAAUAUUUAGAAUUUUUCAAUUCAUUGAAAAUCCAAUGGGAAAUAUAUCCUUUGAUUAAUGAAGAUAAUAUAGGUGACAUUGGGGAAUUUUUAUAUGAAUUAUUAUCCUCAAGCUCAUCAAGCUCAUCAAGCUUAUCAAGCUCCAAUUUAUUGACUGAAACUGAUAGAACAUUUUUAAGUGGGAAAAUAUUAUUAGAUAUCCCUAUAAAUGAUCUAGAUGAGGAAACUGCAUUAAUCAUAAUUAAUUUAUUAUCAUUAAAUAAACCAUCUAAUGAAUUAUAUAAAAAAAUUUUACAACAAAUUGAAUUAUAUGAUACUAAUGAAUCAAUAUUAAUUAAAAGGAAAUUAUUUGUGCUUGCUAGUGAUUUAGCUCCAAUUUAUGAUGACAAUAAUACCACUAUGAUUGAGCAGGAAUCAGCAUUAAAUAUUUCAAUAGAUCAAUUACAGUCGACUAAUGAUCCGUAUGUGUUUUCUUGUUGUUGUAUAACUAUAGGAAAUUUCAUUCAUGAUAAAUCAUCAAUGGAAAAAGCCUUAACUAUUUUAUUUGAUAAACUGACAACGCCAACUACCUCUACAUCCACAGGGACAGGGACAGGGACAGGGAGGAGGAGUAUACCAUUAACGAUAGAUAAAUUAAUUUCAUUAUAUUUUGAAAUUAAUAAAAUCACUGAUGUUGUACAAAUUCAAUCAAUUCAUAUGUGGAAUAAUUUAAUGAAUGAAACCAUAGCGAAUAAAAUUUUGACCAUACUGGAAGAUUAUUUAUUAAAAUUUACAAAAAUUAUUAUUGAUAAUGGGAAAUAUUAUCGAGAAAUAUUGAUUUUAUAUUUAAAAUUUAUUAAAAAAUUGAUUAAAUUGACGAAACACAAAGAUUCACCACCAUAUAAAGUGCUUGAAUAUAUAUUUCAAAAUCUUGAUAAAGAUCAUAAUAGCAACGAUAUUUUGGAUAUUAAAUAUUUACUUUUACAGCAGGGGAGAAGAUAUACUAAAGAAAUGUUUAUGGAAUUAUUGAAAAGUUUAGUACAUGGAGUCAAUACUACUAAUGUUCUUGAACAAUUGAAAACUAUUGCUAUAGUUAAUCAACAAAUAUUAAAUGGAGAGUUAAUAGUUAAUAAUAAUGAUGUCGUUGAUGAAUUAUUAGUGAAAAAUUAUUUUCAUCCGUUAGAAAAUUUAUUAAAUCAAUUCAUAUCAUUAUUAGAAGAUUCAAAACUACAAGAUAAUAAUAAUAAUAAUCAUAAUAAUCCUAAUUGGGAAAUCAAAAUUUUCCAAAAUAAUCUUAAAUUUGUUGCUGUGUCAAUUAUUAAAAUCAUUGAACAAGAUUCAAAUGACUUAUUAACAACCACCACAGAAUUACUAAAUAUUUGUCGUGAUAUCAUUAAUGCAAAAUAA